CCUCCCUUGCAAAAAAGAGGGGGUCCGCAUUCGGGGGGAGAUUCAAUGUAGUCGCCCCGCGGAGGCCCCACGAGAGGCCGCAAGACGAGUGGGAGAGCCACGGCGUAAGGAGCUCCUGCGUUGCGGUCGGAGAUCUGGCGGGACACCCGUUGAGAGAGACCACAGGCGGGCCCCUCUUGCAACGAUGGCGAAGCAGGCAAAGCCCGCAUUUGGUUCGCAAACGACGCGCGUCGCGGUUUAAGCGGAACGGCCAUCAAUCAAAACCGGUCCGGCAAGGCAAGCGGCGUAGCGCCCGACCCGGUCCGACCCGACCCGUCCGCCCCUGACUGCCACACUCCGCCCCGCGUGUGUUCGGCAUGAGGCGGAGGCUCCGUUCCGGCGCUCCGCUCGUUAUAAGCGUCUGACAGGCGGCGUGGGGAGACAGACAAAGCGGGGAGGAUGUUGAUGCGGUGGUGCUACCGGGCCAAGCUGUCGGCGUGGGCCGCCCUGUGCGUGCUGGUGCUGGGCUGGUACUACGUAUUCCCCGUGUACCGGGUGCCCCGGGACAAGGACAUCGUGGAAGAGGUGCUGAGGCAGCAGGGCCACGUGUGGAAGAAGAACCAGACUGGCAUCGACCUUUACAGGAAGCUGCUGAGCGACUGCUGCGACCCACAACAUCUGUUCGCGCUGACCAAGGAGAACGCGCCGGUGGGCAAGGUGCUGUGGUACGACGGCGAGUUCUACCACUCGCACACGGUCAACAACGAGACCCACUCGUUGUUUGUGCAGUCUAACCCUCUGUCGCUCCCCCUGAAGAAGUGUGCAGUGGUGGGCAACGGCGGCAUCCUGCGGCACAGCCAGUGCGGCCGUGACAUCGACCGGGCCGACUUUGUCAUGAGGUGUAACCUCCCGCCGCUCUCCAAGGAAUACGUGGAGGACGUUGGCACCAAAACCCACCUGGUGACGGCCAACCCGAGCAUCAUUGAGAAGAGAUUCCAGAACCUGUUGUGGUCCCGCAAGGCCUUCGUGGACAGCAUGAAAGCGUACGGGACCGGCUUCGUUUACAUGCCGGCGUUCUCCAUGCGUCCCAGCACCGACCCGUCGCUGCGCGCCACCUACGCGCUGGCCGACUCCUCGUCCGACCUCACCAUGCUCUUCGCCAACCCCGCCUUCCUGCGCAGCGUGGGCCGGUUCUGGAAGGCACGCGGCGUGCACGCCCGGCGCCUCUCCACGGGCCUAUUCAUAGUCAGCCUGGCGCUUGGCCUGUGCGACGAGGUGAGCGUCUACGGUUUCUGGCCCUUCCCCUCGGACCUUGCCCAGCGACCCAUCAGCCACCACUACUACGACGACAUGCAGCCCUUCCGCUGGUUCCACGCCAUGUCCGAAGAGUUCGUGCAGCUGUGGGAGCUGCACAAGAGCGGGACUCUGCGCGUUAAUCUGGGACGCUGCGAUUAAGUGGCUGCUCUCCCGGCACCGAAUAUUCAUGCCGCCCUCAUGGGACUAGCGAGGACUGGGGUGUUCUUACUCGAUCUUCCUAACAGACGUUGCCGACGUGGCCAUUAACGAACUCUCAGUUGUCCAGCAGAAGCCGGGGAGGAGGAGCUUCGGGAAUCGCGAACUCCCCCGGAUGACUAUCGGGAUGAGGAGGAAGCACAGUGGCUUUUGGAGGGACGUUUGCGCGCUUAUUGAGGAUCCUACUAGUGCGUCGCACUGUCCCAUGUACUAGUGUGAACUUUGUUUUCAUGAGUAAGACAACGUAGGGUCCAAGCGGUUCAUCGGCCGGCCGAUAUAAUCAACUGAUAUUUGCUGUCGAAAACAAAGGACAGUCAAACAUUCCCUCCCGGGGGGGCUGAUCUUUGCAGAUUCCUCACUCUGCUGUAAAGUUAAACACUAAAGUGAUUUAAUUCAUAUCUUAAAUGUUGUCAGCGUUAAGGGACCAAAAA